AAAACCAAUUAACUCAAUUUUCUUCUAAAAAAUAAUUCAAAAUAAACCAAAUUUGGUCUCUCUUUUUUCUCUCCCUCAGUUUCUUUGCUAGGGUUUACAUUUUCUUUCUAUCCAAACAAAAAAAAAAUCUUUCUCCUUGUUUCCUAUGGGAUAUUUUAUAACCUAAAACAUCAUUAAAAAAUCAACCCUAAUCCACUCAAUUUUCAUUAUAAUUAUCAUAAUAAUAAUAAUAAUAAUCUUUGCCAUCCCAUGGGAAGUUGCGUCGCUAGACCGUCGAAACUUAUAGGAGUAAGAAAAGGUGACUACCCAAAAUCAAAAUCUAGUCGACCAUAUUUCAACUCGAAAUGUUCACGGAAAUCGAAGAGCUUGCGGACGAGUAACAACAAGGUUCUGAAAAAUCCAUUAGAAGAGAACAUCUUGCAUAAAUACGAGAUCGGGAAUGAAUUGGGGAGGGGUGAGUUUGGGAUAACUUAUCAAUGCUUUGAGCUUGAAACUGGGGAAGCCUAUGCGUGCAAGAAGAUAUCGAAGGCGAAGCUAAAGACGGAUAUUGACAUCGAAGACGUACAAAGAGAAGUCGAGAUCUUAAGGCAUUUGCCUAAGCAUCCGAAUUUGGUGAGUUAUAAGGAUGCUUUUGAAGAUGAUGAAGCUGUUUAUCUUGUAAUGGAGCUUUGCCGUGGAGGUGAACUUUUUGAUAGAAUCGUCGCUAAAGGUCAUUAUACGGAGCGAGCAGCUGCUAAAGUUAUUAAAACUAUUUUGGAGAUUGUUAAGGUGUGCCAUGAACAUGGAGUUAUACAUAGGGAUUUAAAACCAGAGAAUUUCUUGCUGGCUGAUGAAAGCGAGACUGCACCAAUUAAAGUAAUUGAUUUUGGUCUCUCCAUUUUCUAUGAACCUGGUGAACGUUUCAGUGACAUAGUGGGAAGUCCAUAUUACAUGGCUCCAGAGGUUCUAAGGCGAAAUUAUGGGAAAGAAAUUGAUAUUUGGAGCACUGGUGUCAUCCUUUAUAUCCUCCUCUGUGGCGUUCCUCCCUUUUGGGCUGAUACUGAAGAAGGAAUUGCCCGUGCAAUAAUAAGAGGGGUGAUAGAUUUUGAAAGGGAUCCAUGGCCUAAAGUUUCAGCUGAAGUAAAGGACCUUGUUAGAAGCAUGCUUGAUCCUAAUCCCUACACUCGCAUAUCCCUUCAAGAGGUGCUUGAACAUCCAUGGAUACAAAACUUGCAAAAUGCUCCAAACUUCAAUCUAGGAGAAAAUGUGGGAGCAAGGAUUAAGCAGUUCUCACUAAUGGGCAAGUUCAAGAAGAAAGUUCUAAGGGUGGUUGCCGACAACUUGCCGAACGAACAAAUCGAUGUGAUUAUCGAAAUGUUCAACAUGAUGGACACCGAUGAGAAUGGAUACUUGUCGUUCGAGGAAUUAAGAGACGGACUUCAGAAAAUGGGUCACUCUGUUGGUGAUCCCGAUGUCCGGAUGUUAAUGGAAGCAGCGGACAUCGAUGGGAAUGGGACACUGAGCUGUGAGGAAUUUGUGAUAAUGGUGGUUCAUUUGAAAAGGAUAGGGAACGACGAGCAUCUAGCACAAGCUUUCAAUCACUUUGACAAGAACCAAAGUGGUUAUAUCGAAUUUGAAGAAUUGAAAGAAACUUUAAUGCAAGAUGACCCUGGUCCCAACAAUGAACAGCUCAUUAAGGAUAUCAUGCAAGAUGUUGACAAGGAUAAGGAUGGUCGAAUCAGUUACCAAGAGUUCAAGGCAAUGAUGCUAACAGGCAUGGACUGGAAAAUGGCUUCUCGCCAAUAUUCUAGAGCAUUGAUAAAUGCAGUGAGUAUCAAAAUAUUAAGACAGUCUGGCCAACUAAAAUGACAGAUCUAGGCCCCAAAUUUCCAAAAUUUUCAAUUGAUUUCUUCAUCUGUAAAUUAUUGUUUGAACCCCCGAUUCUUUUAACUGAUCAUAUGUUUCAGCUUUAUUUUUAUUCUAAAAUGUCCCCUACCAUGAGCUCUAAAGUGAAUCUUAAUACUACAAAUUGUACAAGAAACAAGGUAAAUGUAUUAUUUUUCAUAUAUAUAUAUAUACUAACAUAUAUGUUUGCAUUCAAAGCUGAUAAACCAUGGAACAUAAUACCAUAAGUCAAGAAGAAAAGCAAGUUGGCAGGUUAUAUAUAUGGUAAUAUGUCGUGUAUAUGUAUGUGUACAUAUAUUAUAUAGAUAUAGAUAUAGAUAUAGAUAUCGAUAUAUACAUCAAAAGAGCACACUUGCGUUAUACAGUAGGCUCCACCGACAAAUAGACUUUUGUAUUUUUCGCACACCAACAAUUUAUGGAAUGUGGAAACUAGAAGGGAGAGCAGGGUUACAAGACUAAUUACUUGUAUCAUCUACAUUUCUGCCGGAACCACCAGAUUUAGAACUCCCUUUUCCCCUGCCCCCUCUUGUCUUGCUAGUCCCACCC